AUGACAAAAAUGAAUAACAAGUUUAAUAAAAAAAAAAAAGAUAAUAAUAAUCAAUUUACAACAAUAAAAACCACAAAUAAUAAUAAUAGUAAUUCUUAUCAAAAUAGUUAUAAUUCUCGACGGUCAAAUAGAAUUAUAAAAAAUAUAAAUAAUAAUAAUUUAAAUAAUUUAAAUAAUUUAAUAAUCAAUUCAACUAUUCCAAUUAUUCCAACUAUUCCAAUUUCAGAAUAUAAUUUAAAAUCUUAUUUUACACCACGUAUCGUAUAUUUAUGGAUCAAAAAUUUAGAAUCUAUCACUUAUUUAACACAAGAAUUAAACGAAAGACUUAAUUCAGAUUUUAUUUCUUUGGAAUGGGUUCGAUUUCGUGAAUAUCUAAAAAAUAAUCCAGACCAAAUAACAGAUUCAAAUUUUGAAGUGAAUUUAGUUAAGAAAUAUUAUUUUUUGAAUUAUGAAUAUUCCAUCGAACUUAUUCAAGCAAUUAGUGCAAUUAUGUUCAGAUCACCAAUCUAUGUUAAAGGCAUUUGGGAUUCACUUGAUAAAAAGAAUAAUAACAAUAACAAUGAUGAUUCAACUGCAAUGACAAAUAUAAAUGAUAUUCUAGAUUCCAAUUCCAAAAUUUUACAAGAUGUAUAUGAAAAAAUCACUCAAAUAGAAAAGAAAUUUAUGGAAUUUGAUUUACAAUAUGAAGAAUUAUGGAAUUUCAAAUUUAUAGCUAAUGUUAAUGCUAUACCAUACAGUAUAUUCAAUGAUGUUGAUAGUGAAAAAUUACCAAUUUUAGAGUUUACUUUUGAAAAUUUAAUACAUUGGGAUGUUGGAAGUCCUGAUGAAGAUUAUAAUUAUGGUUGUACUUGUAAAGAUAAUUUUGAUUAUCCAUUCAAUAAAAAUGGAAAAUUAAUUAGAUCAGAUAUAGGAGCAAUAUAUGAAUGUAAUUCAUUUUGCGGAUGUAAUUUUACUUGUCCUAAUAGAAUUAUACAAAAUAGUAAUAAUUGUAAUAAAAAUUUACAGAUUUUUAAAACUGAAAAUAAAGGCUGGGGCGUAAGAACGUUAAAACCAAUUAAAGAAGGAUCAUUCGUGAUGGAACAUUUGGGUGAAAUAAUAAAUCAUCAAACAUCUGAAAUAAGAUCCGUUUGUUAUGAUAAGUUAAAUAUCAUGACAUACUUUGAUUUGGAUUAUGGUUAUAAUAAGAAAAAUUCAAAUUAUUGGUGUAAUAUCAGUAGAUUUUUGAAUCAUUCAUGUGAUGCGAAUUUAGUCACUAUUCCAUUUUUCGUAGAACAUAAAGAUAUCCGUUUUCAAAGAAUUGCAUUUUUCGCUCAACGUGAUAUACCGAAAAAUUCAGAAAUUACUGUUGAUUAUAAAAUUCACGAUGAUGAUUUUCUUCCAAUUAGUUCUGCAGAGAGUGCGGAUUCUGAAAAUCGUGAUGAAUUAGAAGAAGUUCUUGAAUAUGCAGGUUACAAAAAAUGA